GACGGUGAGUGACGUCACCGAAUGUUGUUGUUGGUGGCGGGGCCGGAGGGAGCGAGCGGAGCCAGCUGCAAAGAUGGAGGAGAGGCGGAGCGGGCGCUGAAGGAGCCGGAGCGGGGGGCAGCCGGAUCCCUGGCGGAGGUGGGGCAGAGCCAGCGCAGGGAGGGGGCCCCGAGCCCGGCUGGGCCCAGCUGCAGCCACCCCCUCUGGCCCCCCCCCCGGGGCAGCAGCGCUGCAGAUGGGGUAUCCGGACGCGAGCAAUCGCUGGAGCGCCUUUCGCGGACUCGGAUCCAUGGCCUUCCCGUGGCAGCGGUCGACGUGAAGCCGGCGCUGCCCGUGGCCAUGCCGAACUCCUGCGGCGCCGGCGGCCCGGCGGCCCUGCGGCCGGAGGCCCGGGGCGGUGCGCCCAGCGUGGACCCCUCCCUGCGGGAGCAGCAGCUGCAGCAGGAGCUGCUGGCCCUGAAGCAGCAGCAGCAGUUGCAGAAGCAGCUGCUCUUCGCCGAGUUCCAGAAGCAGCAUGAGCACCUGACGCGGCAGCACGAGGUCCAGCUGCAGAAGCACCUCAAGCAGCAGCAGGAGAUGCUGGCAGCGAAGCGGCAGCAGGAGCUGGAGCAGCAGCGAAAGCGGGAGCAGCUGCGGCAGGAGGAGCUGGAGAAGCAGCGGCUGGAGCAGCAGCUCCUCAUCCUCCGGAACAAGGAGAAGAGCAAAGAGAGUGCAAUUGCCAGCACAGAAGUGAAGCUAAAGCUCCAGGAGUUCCUACUCAGCAAGUCAAAAGAGGUGACGGCAGGCAGCUUCAACCAUUCCCUCCCACAGCACUCCAAAUGCUGGGGAGCCCAUCAUACCUCGUUGGACCAGAGUUCCCCUCCCCAGACAGGCAGCCCGGGAACACCACCCUCCUACAAACUACCCCUACUCGGCACAUACGACAGCAGAGAUGACUUUCCGCUCCGGAAAACCGCCUCGGAACCCAACUUAAAAGUGCGCUCGCGGUUAAAACAGAAGGUGGCCGAGCGCAGGAGCAGCCCCCUGCUGCGGAGGAAAGACGGGACCGUCAUCAGCACGUUCAAAAAGAGAGCCAUCGAGAUCACGGUCUCCUCCGUGUGCAACAGUGCCCCAGGGUCCGGUCCCAGCUCCCCGAACAGCUCCAACAGCACCAUCGCUGAGAAUGGCUUCGCUGGCUCUGCCCCCAACAUCCACACCGAGCAGCUGCUCCCCCAGCACAGAGCCCUGGCAAUGGACGGGUCCGCUAGCCAGCUCAGCCUCUAUACCUCCCCGUCACUGCCCAACAUCUCCCUGGGACUGCAGGCAACGGUCACCGUGACCAACUCGCACCUCAACGCUUCCCCGAAGCUCUCCACCCAGCAGGAGGCAGAGCGCCACGCCAUCCAGUCGCUGCGCCAGGGCGGGGCCCUCACGGGCAAGUUCAUGAGCACCUCGUCCAUCCCCGGCUGCCUGCUGGGGGUCGCCCUGGAGGGCGAGACCAACAGCCACGGGCACGCCUCCCUGCUGCAGCACGUGCUGCUCCUGGAGCAGGCCCGCCAGCAGAACACGCUGAUCGCCGUGCCGCUCCACGGCCAGUCCCCGCUGGUGACGGGCGAGCGCGGCCCCACCAGCAUGCGGACGGUCAGCAAGCUGCCCCGGCACCGCCCGCUGAGCCGCACCCAGUCGUCCCCGCUGCCCCAGAGCCCCCAGGCCCUGCAGCAGCUGGUCAUACAGCAACAGCAUCAGCAGUUCCUGGAGAAGCAGAAACAGCAGCAGCAGAUCCAGCUUGGCAAGAUCAUCACCAAGACGGGCGAGCUGCCCCGCCCGCCCACCACGCACCCCGAGGAGACGGAGGAGGAGCUGACGGAGCAGCAGGAGGCGCUGCUGGAGGACAGGGUGCCCCUGGGGCCGGUGGCCUUGGUGGUGGACGGCUCGCCGGAGAGCGAGAGCACGCAGGACGAGCUGGAGGAGGACGAGGGCGGCGAGCCGGUGAAGGACGACGGGGGCGCGAGCGGGGAUGAAGAAGAGCCCAUCGACUCACCGGAGGUGGAGGAGCUGGGCAUGGCUUACAAGCAGGUGUUCCCAGACGCUCAGCAGCUGCAGCCCAUCCAGCUCUUCCCAGCUUCCCUGACAAUUGCCACCCUGCCUCACCAAGCGCUGAGCCGGACCCAGUCCUCGCCUGCCACCGCGGGCAUAAAGACCACUACGGCUGAACCCCCGGUCAAACACCUAUUCACUACCGGCGUGAUCUACGACACGUUCAUGCUAAAGCAUCAGUGUAUGUGCGGGAACACUAAUAUUCACCCAGAGCAUGCUGGGAGAAUCCAGAGCAUCUGGUCCAGGCUCCAGGAGACCGGCUUGCUGAGCAAGUGCGAGAGGAUCCGGGGCAGGAAAGCAACGCUGGAUGAAAUCCAGACGGUCCAUUCGGAGCAUCACACGUUGCUCUAUGGAACCAGCCCCCUCAACCGGCAGAAACUCGACAGCAAGAAGCUGCUAGGUCCCAUCAGCCAGAAGAUGUAUGCGGUCCUGCCCUGUGGCGGCAUCGGGGUGGACAGCGACACGGUGUGGAACGAGAUGCACUCGUCCAGCGCCGUCCGCAUGGCCGUGGGCUGCUUGGUGGAGUUAGCCUUCAAGGUGGCCUCGGGAGAGCUCAAGAAUGGAUUCGCCGUCAUCCGGCCCCCGGGGCACCACGCGGAGGAAUCGACGGCCAUGGGCUUCUGCUUCUUCAAUUCCGUCGCGAUCGCUGCCAAACUCCUCCAGCAGAAGCUAAGCGUCGGCAAGAUCCUCAUUGUGGACUGGGACAUUCACCACGGCAACGGCACCCAGCAAGCCUUCUACAGUGACCCCAACGUGCUGUACAUCUCCCUGCACCGCUACGACAAUGGCAACUUCUUCCCAGGCAGCGGGGCCCCCGAGGAGGUUGGCAGCGGGAUGGGGGUGGGGUACAACAUCAACAUAGCCUGGACAGGGGGAGUGGACCCCCCCAUCGGAGACGUGGAGUACCUGGCCGCGUUCAGGACGGUGGUGAUGCCGAUAGCCAACGAGUUCUCCCCGGACGUGGUCCUGGUCUCUGCCGGCUUCGACGCAGUCGAGGGACACCUGUCUCCCUUGGGCGGCUACUCCGUCACGGCGAAAUGUUUCGGACACCUGACCAAGCAGCUGAUGAAGCUGGCUGGCGGGCGCGUGGUGCUGGCUUUGGAGGGAGGACACGACCUGACAGCCAUCUGCGACGCCUCAGAAGCCUGUGUCUCCGCCCUGCUUGGCGUGGAGCUGGAACCCCUGGAUCAAGCUCUCCUGCAGCAAAAGCCAAAUGUAAAUGCCGUGGCCACGCUGGAGAAGAUUAUUGAAAUCCAGAGCAAACACUGGAGCUCUGUGAACCGCUGUGCCUCAGUGGUCAGUUGUUCCUUGCUGGAGGCGCAGAAGGGAGAAGCCGAGGAGGCAGAGACAGUAAGUGCCAUGGCAUUGCUCUCGGUCGAUGCCGAACAAGGAAGCACAGACUGCAGCCCCAGACAAGUGGAGGAGCCGAUGGAGGCGGAGCCUGUUUUGUGAAGUGCCAAGCCGUCGUGGAGCUGUCACUUUUUUGUGGGUUUUUUUGGUCAUUUGUGAUUUCGUUCCCCCUUCCCCCCCCCCAAAAAGGAAUUUUUUUCUAUUAAAAAGAGGAGAAAAAAAAAAAGGCAUACUCGACUCCACAACAAAGCCGUGUGUGUGAUUGUGUCCGUCUCCACGCAGCUGAGCACACCAGCCUCUGUCUUGUCCCUGCACCUUUGGGAGUCAGGGGUUUGGCUGGUUUCGAUUUCCUUCUCUCCUGUCUUUCUUCAUCCUUCUUCCCUUUGGUGACACACGGUAGCAGCGAAACAAGAAACUGUUUCACUUUGGGGGUCCUUCAUGCUCUGUGCUCAGGAGAGAGGAGACGACCCGGCUGAUUUCAAAUCCAAACGGCAACACUGUCCUGUUUUCUCUCCCUCUCUCUCCUUUUCUCGUUCCCCUUGUUCGCUCACACCGCAAUCCGAGCUCGGUGACUUGCUUUCUUUUUUCUUUUUAAGCCUUCACACCUGAAUUCAUCUUUCUGUCAAUUGUGUGGAAGUGUUUCUGAGACAUAAGUGACUCUGAAUGCUAACUGAGGACGGUCUCUGGGGGAGGAGAAAGGAAAUAUUCGUGCCUUUAAUUAAGUCAUUUUUUUUAAUGCCUUAAUUUCUCUGUGAUUUUCAUUUUGCUCUUUUGAGUUACCGUUUCUGAGGGAGCUAUACAUAUAUAAAUACGGGGCAGGGGAAGAGAGUCACACUUUUAGUUUGAUUCUCAAUCUCCCCCCACCCCCAACCCUCCCUUCUCCUACCACACACACUGUGUAAUUAAUCCCAUUGUAAUUAAGAGAGCCAUUGUGCAUCCGUGUUCACGACCAAUGCUUUCUGGAAGUUCUCUUUGUUCUGUUCUCACAAAGCCUCGUCUCGCUGUAAAUAAUUUGAUUUCUUGUCUUGUGUGCACAAAAACCGUUGUCCAUUCGUAAAAAAACAAAAACAAAAAACAGAAAAAAAAAAAAGGAAAAAAAAUAUUUUUCUUUUCCUGUUACUUCACCAGCCUAAGAGAACUUAGAAGGAUUUUAGCUUUAAAAGAGGAAAAAAACAAAGGUAUAUAAUUUUAUUACAGAUGUAUUAUUUAAUAGUAUUUUUUUAAAUGCACUGCACAUGCUUUUCCUUUGGAAAGUCGGGUGGUGGGGGGCCGGAGAUUUGCACCAAGGACAGAGCUGGGUGGUUUUGUUUUAAACGAUUUCUAAGUUUCGGGUGAUGUCAGCCUGCGUGUCGUGUGGUUUUUCUCUUUGGUUGAAACCUCUGAUGAGGUCUGUCGGGGUCACCGUUCCCUUUGGGUUUAAUGCUCCCAGGGACUCCCGGUGGAAUGGCCUCUUGGAUCAUCUCCACAUUCGGAUUCACCUUUCUGUUCUGCCCUUUUCGUAGGCACCCACGGGUCCUGGCUGUGGUUGUGUAGCGAGGAGAUACAAGUCACUGGGGGGGAUUAGGUUUGUCCUGGUGUGGAGGGAUAGGACGAUGCCUUUUAAAGCUGUGGGCUGACAGGAGACUGAGGUGGUGCUUAGGUCUGGGGCUGGCCCCGGCAAGGGGCUGACCUGUUGCAUUGGAAGGGGGGUGAAUUUCACCCCGGCCUACAGGAAGUGAUGCGGGAGGAUUCCUUGCCGCCCGCCACUGUGCCAGGCAUUCUGGGAAGUGGCGGGGUGGAUCUAGAGCCCUUGGCUGCUGAAGGUGCUGCAGUUUGCCCCACCCGCAGGAGUCUCAGUACUAGACCCAGAUCCAAACAGCCCCAGAGAUAAUCGCUGGCCCCUCUGAUGAGGCAAACCUGAACCCUGGAUCCAGCCCCCUCUAAGCUUUGGGGACUGUCCCGCUGCCAGAGGACCCUUCUUUGUCGUCAGUUGUCUUCCUCUCCCCGGCUCAGAUCCCUUCUCUCUGACACCGCAGUGGGAGUAGCUGUGCUGAACUCCCCCCAUGAAGGCCCUGUCUACGCUGGGGUUCAAGCCCUGACUGCAGACAGGGCUAAUGGCCCCUCCCAGAGAUACCCCUGGGACUCUUCACCCCCCUUUGCAGGGUGAGGUGCUUUGGGGAGGCUAGAAUCCCCCUACCACGCUCCCCAGGUUGCUCCCCCAGCCCAGGGCAAGCCCCUUCCAGCCUGAGCCUGGGGAUCAGACUUUGCCCCCGCGUUCCCGAGUUGCUGGCUGAGCACCGGGCCCCUUUCAUGGUCUUACUUGUCUCCCUCCCCCAUACGGUUUCUUAGCCGCAGGGCCCAACGGCACGAGCCCAUGCAAGCGCAACGGGUGUGCGGAUGAGAGGGAGCGUCAAAGCGCUCUCGGCACGAGGCUCCCCGCCUGCUGCCCUGCUGCAGCACCCUGCCCCUGAAACAGAGAGGCAAGCGGCCACUUGUCUCUUGUGCCCAGCGCUAACUGAGCGGAGCUGGGGGGGACUUCGUGCAAUACGUACUUGUGAACACUAGCUGGUGCCGUUUGGCAAGGCAGCUCUGCUCCCUAGAGCUCUGCGCUUAUCACUACGGCCCCUCAGUGCCGCCAGGUGAUAAACGGGGUCUUUCCCUGUAUAGCAACUCGCUAACCCUUGGAGGGGAGAAGGAUCUAUGCAGCUUGGCCUCCUCCUGGCUGGCUCUGAAGGGGGUUCCCCUGGGAUUGGCGCGAUCGCAACAGCUCCUUAGUCGGGGUCAUUUGGCGCGUGGCUAAACCUGCCGGGGUAGCGCCAGGCCAGCUCACCUCACUUGUAGGCUGGACUCCUGACCCACCCAGGAGGCCUGGCAACGUGUCGGUAAGAAACCCAGCUCUCUCGUUCCGAAAACCAGUGCCCUAGAAAGAGCGGGUGGGUUGACAAACUUAACUCAGGUGAAACUAAGAGAGAUGGAUUAUUGAUCCUCCCUAGGAUAGGACGGUGGCGGGGGGGGAGGACGGGACUUAUGCGGGUUGUUCUUCCGUCUCUGCUUAUACGGCUCCCCGUCCCACCCCUUCUCUCCAGCAUGGUGCUGGCCAUUAGCUUUGACUGCAGUGUGGCGAAGGUCAGAUGGUCUGUUCAGAGCCUCUUGAGUCUGGGCUCUUGCCGAGCUGUUAAAGGCAGAAUGAGCAGGGGUAGAAACAAGAGGGGCUGGUUUAUUGGCAGCUGGGCAGCUUCACCCUGGCGGCUUCUUUAGGAAACCUGCAGUGGUGGCAGGGUCCGUGGAGCAGUGACUCUAGGAUACGCCACAUUUCCCUUUGGUUGUCGGUUCAAAUGCAGCUCAGGUCGGCAGUGACUGGGUCUGUCUACACUGCACGGUAAACCCAGGCUCAGACUCACAUUUGGGCCCAACCCCCCUGCCAUCCACACACAAAUCAGUCAGGCCCUACCUGGGGUGGUUGGGGGGCGGGGUGGGGCGGGUGUAAGCCUGAGCUCCACUGUGAGUCGGGUCCAAGCCCUGUCAUUUUGCAGUGUGGAUGCAGUGCAAGCUGCAGACCCGAGUCUGAGGUCUGCCCAGUGCAGUAUGGGCCUGUUAGCAUGGCUGUGAGCCCUGGGUCCAACACUUGUAAACCCAGGUUUACCACGCAGUGUGGACGCACAAGCGUGGGCUUGAAUCCAUACGCCUGGGUCCCACAGACCCGCGUUUGCAAUGCAGUGUAGACAUACUCAGUUGGGUCCCAGUGAUGCGCUGCAAGGCAGACAUACUCGGUAGGGUCCCAGUGAUGUGCUGCAGGAUAGCCAGACUUGGUAGGGUCCCAGUGAUGCACUGCAGUGCAGACAUACUCGGUCGGCUCCCACUGACGGAGGUUCAGCUGCGCAGCCUGGAUGUCAGAUUUGUCUCUAUAAAUACCUUUUGAGCAGGUCACCCUGGGCCCUGGCUUGGAUCUUCACCUCCGCCUUUUGCCAGCAGUGCCGAGGCAUGACAUACAAAGCGAGUCGGCACUGAAAGUUGGAAGGCUCCGUUCAGUUCUGAGCCGCCCACCCCUAGCGGAGACGUCGCCCAGUCAGGCGGCCGUGCAGUGAGGUGGGGUCUCCGAGCAUGGCCCUGGGGGCUAAUACGGAGGGUGGAUUUUGCCCAGGUGACAAAACCCACCUUCCCACCUGGCGCCACUAUUCUGUCUUGGCAGAGAUGUCCAGGAUUGAAUUUCCCUUUGCCCUGCCAGGGUUGCCCCCUUCAGGGCAGAGCUGGCCCGGGGGAAGCUUGCCCAUGCUCAGCGGCUCCAUUCUUCUUGGCAAGGCAGGAGAUGUGAAAACUCCGGCAGAGCUUCCCAGAUUAGGGGCUCGCUGAUCUCAGCUGGGCUCUAGCCCAGAGGCCAAGAGAAGUUAGGCACAGAAGGGUCUACUAUAGCUCGCCUGAGCACUCAGGGAGUUGGAACAGGGAUCGCAGUCCUCUGCACGCCCCAGCCACCACUCGCUGGGCAAACCCACUGGAGGAAGGGCCCCGAUGGGUCAUUCGAAGCCAUGGGUGGUCCCUUCGAGGUUCUGUCUCCACUGAGCUCCCAGAUCCCCUUCUCCCCUUCCCAGAGCAGCACGGAGGUCGUUGCCAGGUUUCCAAGGGGCAUAUCCGCAGGCAGGGUGGUUUACAAGGUUUCGCUCACCUGAUUAAAGGCCUGUCUAGAAGCCAUGCUAGGUCCGUUCUGCCAAGAACCCCUGUCCAAAUGUGAGUCCCGCUUCCCUGGGAAGGCUUGGCCGUGGCUUGCCCGCUGGGCAGGCAGAGCCUGAGUUCCCUGCUCGAAUCCCAACUGCUUGCAAUACCAAGCAAGGCACCCUCAGCUCUGUCACCACAGCUGGCUCCCACGUGGCAAGCCCUGAACAUGGCACCAGCACUGCUGGGGCUUUGCCUGGAAAGCUGGAGCUGAGCCCCUUGAAAGGCUCAAGCUUGUUCUUAAUUACCCCUCCCUGAACCAUAAUGCCCCCUGGAGCCAUCCACUAGCUCCUAGGUCCUUAAAGCCACCCCCGCUCCCUGGAAACCCCACGGGCCAACAGCAGCAAUUGCACCUGCCUCUUCUUUGGGUGGGGAACCUCCCCUCUGACCCACCUUGGCUAAACGAUGCCCUGAUCUUGCCACGAUGGUAGCACAGUGCCCUUCAUCUGCCCUGUCUGCUCUAGAGAUGCAACUGCCCUCCCUCCCCCGGUUACAACCCUGUUUCGUUUUGGAGUGUAGAUGGGACCUCAUUUUGUAGCCACGCUAUGGCACCGCUCUAACCCAGUUCCAAAACGCUGGCAGCAACCCGUCUCCGCUCCGCAGCGCAGCCCUGGUGUAGCCAGCCCGGAGACCAGCCGGUCUGGAACUGUCACCUGGACGCGGCUGUAUCGGUAGAACCCUUCGACUGUCUGAUGUACCAGUAACCAGAGGGUCCUGUUUGCCCUCACCCUGCACCUCGCACAGUCAUUUGGGUGUAAAACGCUACCAGAUCAGACCAGGCGUGUUUCACACCCUCAGGGCACUCGAGCAAACGACUGGCACGGGGGUGACAGGCCCAUCUGAUCUCAGCUCCUGAAUACAGUUGAGCCCCCUCUGCCCAAGUAAAGCCAAACUGUGUUCGAAUCAAACACUGAUCCUAGAGUUCGGGGAGGUGGCGGGAACCUUUUUGCUCAUAAAGUCCUCCAGUCUUAAAGCAACCGAGAAAAGAAAAGCAUUUUCCCCUUGGUCGCAUUGUUCCUCAUCAUGGUAAUGUUUCUUUUGGGACGGGGGAGGGCAGUGAGCCGCCCUCCCCCCUUUUGCAGUCUGUCUCGGUUGCAUUAUGGGGGUGUCAGUUUCUGCCUGGGUUCUAUUCUUCAUUCAUUUGCAAAAAAAAAAACCAAAAAAAAAAACCCCAAACCAAGCCAUGGCUCCAUUGGACACCUGUAAGUGUUUGUCCACGGGUGGAUUGUGUCCCAUGGUCUCGUUUCUGAGUUUCACACCGUCUCUGCAGUAUUACGUUGUUGGGGGUGGUCUGUGCCGUUUUUGUUGUUCCUGUCCCCUGGACGCUGCAAGAUGCCACCCCCUCCCCGGGGUGGGAACUGUUUCUGUCUGAGGGUUUGGUUUUGGUUUUCUGGUUUUUUGCCCUGCUCUCUGUCUCGCUCUCGCUAUGGUUUUCAGUUGAGUAUUUUGUAAUCUGUUACAAUGUUUGUCCUUGUGUAAAUAAAACUGUUUCUGGCAAUA